AUGAUUCAUUAAUAAUUUGUUUAUUUACUUAGUUAUUUAUUAGUUUGUUUGCUUGUUUGUUUGUAUUUAGAUUUCUAAAAAAUUUUGGUUAAUUAAAUUUAAAUUAAUUAUUUCAUUACAACAAUUAUUAAAUUUUGGAUAAUAGAGACAAGUAGAAUAAAUAAAUAGUUCAAUAGAAGUAAAUAUAAAAUAAUGCUAAAGAAAUUUUAUUUAGUGUUUAGUAUCUAUUUAAGCUGCAAUCUGUUAGUUAAUUCUUUCUUUUGCUAAAAAUUUUUAAGGCUACACAAUAAAGAAAAAAUUACUGAAUUUUAAGAGAUGUAAUCUUAAUUUCCUAGCUACUAUAGCAAUCUUGUAAUAUUAGCACUGAUAGGAUACAUAAUUUUUAUUUUUUAGAGAUUAACUGACUACUUUAAUGUGUGCUAAGUAUAUUUAUGCAUAGCAAGAAUUUUUCAAUUUUUUCAGGCUUUAUUUUACUCCUCCUCAAUUUAUUUAAGCUAUCAAACUCUGUUUGGAAAUGAAAUAUUAAAUUAAUUCUAUGAAGAUUACUAAUCAAUAGAUAGCUUUAAAGAUUCGUAAGAGACUUUAGCUUAUUUAAAAUCAUAUUCAACAAUGAUUUAAGUUUUAUAAAUAACUUUCUAUACUCAGUUAGUGUUGGUACCUCUAAUAUUUAUCAUUCUAAUUAUCUACCAUAAACUUCAUUUCAAACUAGGAACAUUUUACAAGCAAGGUAACUAAGUAAGUGAGCAUUCAUUUGUACAAUAAAUUGACGAAAAUGUAGAAACAGCCGAGAGAUAAUGA